AAAAGUAGUUUUUACGAAUCUUGUUUUUGCUUAACCAAGAAUCCAUUUUACCAUCAUGCAUUAGGUGAUGCAGUCUACUUAAUAACCCAGUAACAGUUCCUUGCAAGGAUGACGUUUGUUGCACUUAUAAGUUGCGUUUAUUUUCUUUUCCUGGAGUGUUAUCCUGGAUUUUGUAAAAUUUCAGAAAGAGAUAGCUUAUACCGGGAACUUUCAGUAAUGCGUGACAAGCACAGAAUUUCCAACAUCAUUUUUACAGAGAAGAAAAACUCAAAAAUUCAUUGCGGGAUUCAGUGUGGCUUAUUUAUGUGCCAAAGUUUUUCUUUCAAUUCAAAAAUGGGUACCUGUUGUGGAUAUGACGUCACAAUCACGGAUACAACGUCAACAAUUCUGGAAAUUGGUUGGAAGACCUACAACAAUAUUACAGCUUAUUCAACGAUCACAGAGCCAGUGACAUUACCACUCACCACUGUCCUACCAACCACCACCAGUGUGGCUCACACAACGGAACAACUUACCACCAGUGUGGCUCACAUGUCAACGGAACCACCUACCACCACUGUUACGACAACAACUACAACCACUACCAUAGCCAGCACCGUGCCACAACCUUCGUGCACAUCUUGCCCUUCAGGUUACACUUGCAAACUUGGACUUGUUUUCUGCUACAAAUAUUUCGGGACAAGAAAGAGCCGCGUGGAUGCCGAGUCCUCCUGUGCCAGCGAGGGGGCGGAACUCGUCAUAAUUGACAAUGCUGAUAAAGACAACGAAAUUCUGUCAUACAUAAGCACCAACUCGAUAACGGAAACGUUCUAUUGGAUACAAGGCAGCUACGUCGGCGGCCAAUGGGAAUACAACGACGGCACACCGAUUACGUACUUCCGGUGGGCCCCUAAUCACCCUCUAAAGGAUGACCUCCUGGCUUUCAACAAAGAUAAUGGAUUUCACGGAACCACGAAUACUUACGAUGACGUGUAUUUCUGUGAAGUCAAACUCUGACCACUACCCAUCAAAAACAAGCAGAACUCUAAGCAGUUGAUAACUCUAAACAUCUAUUAUAUAAUUUAAUAGUCCCCCCACUUUGGCAACAGCAAGAGGACACUAAAUCUCAUUUUGUCAGAUUUCAGUUUGAUGUCUGCCUGUCAACCUGUGUGACACAAAAUCUUUAACCUUAGUCAUAACUUUUUGUA